AUGGACGACAUUGAGCGAUACUCUGCCUCCGCAGAAGACGACUUAGAAACACCGCCACCGGCCACCACCACCACCACCGUCACCAUGGCUGAUCGUCGUGAAGCUCGUGCCUCGCGUCCCGGUUAUGCUAUCUCUGCCUCCUCUUCUAAUGAGACUGAUGGUGAUGAGGUUAAAAGCACUGCUGCAUUCAAAGAGGUGAAACAGGUUUGCAAUGAGGAAGGUGUUGGUGAGAACCCCAUUGAGUUGCCCCAUCAAGAUGAAUCUCAGAGUGUAGAUCAGCCACUCGCAGACGACAACGUAUCCUAUCUCAUUAGGAAAUUGUUCAUCAAAGUCCCCACCAACCCUCAGCUAGACAUGGUGGUUAUCGCGAAUGUCAAUGACACCGCGACUUCUAUCAAAUACAUGAUAGCCAACAAGCUGGGAUGCAACCCACACAGCUACGAUCUCAUGUACGAGGGAAGACUACUUCUUCCUCGAGCAUCUCUUGGUAUCAUCGACAUCAAUACUAAUUCGACCCUGCUCUUGGUCGAGAUCCCUCAGGAUCUGGUGUGGAUCUCAGUUUACACCCCGAAUAAUGGGAAGGUGUACUUUCAGAUCAGGAAGCUGCACACAGUUGCAUACACCAAGGUUGUGAUUGGAAGUAUGAUAAACUCGAGGGUUGAUGGAGCUGGACUUCUUUUGGAUGGAAAUGCUCUCGAGGAUUCGAGGUCAUUGGCUUCCUACUGCAUUGAAAACCAGACUGUUCUGCACCUGAUCUAUCCGUUUCAGGUGUCUCUGAAGAUGUACCUGGGUAGUACUAUCACUCUGAAUGUCCUGGCUUCGGAUGAUGUGGGUGUUAUCCGUCAAAGAGUGUUUGAUCAGCACGGAAUUAUCCUUCCUUUUAAUCAAAUGUCCUUCCAAGGGAGACGGCUCGUUGCUGGAUAUAAUCUCGAAAGCUAUGGUGUCAAGAGGAAUUCCAUGCUCAGAAUGGGGCGUCCUCCAAAGUCCACAGAUAUGUGUUGA